AUGGGCGAUAUAUGGAAAGAAAGCGAGUAUUCUCUUGGAUAUAUUCCUGAUGAAAUUUCAAUGUUCGAUUUGUCUACACGAGCAGAAGAAAAUGAACUUGUUAAAAAUAAAUCGGAUGAAUUAUUACCUGAUGAUCAACCGAAUCAAACGAUUAUAACUCCGAAUGACAAUAGAUUUCUCUCAUCAUAUGAGUUUCGUCUUGCACAAGUUAAUCGUAAAGAUGAAUUAAGUUUAUAUUCAUCUGUCUUCAAUGGAUCUGAUCGUGUAGACUUUAUUUCUCCUGGAAUUUUACAUGAAAAUGUGGCUCAUCAUCUUUUUCAAUCAAACUAUAUCAACACUGACAAUUUAUUCUCUCAAAUACAAUGUAAAAAUUUUGAAGAAUAUUCGAAUAUAAUAAAACAAGGUUUUAUAUUGGAUGGCACAACAUUACUUAAAGUUUUAGCAUCUUUGUAUCCAAAUUAUUUAUUUUGUUUUAUUUCAAAAAUAACAAAUGAAUAUGGAAAAAUUGUUAUAAAAGUUGUAAAAUAUGUUGAAAAUAUUUCAUCAUACAAGAAAUGUAUAUUUAUAUAUUAUGAUGGUAUAGCUAAUCAUUAUAGUCCUCUGUAUUUCUAUAAUAAAACUAAUGAAGAAGAAGAAAAAAGUAAUUUUAAAUAUGAUAAUCAAAUAAUGAGAAGUCUUCCUAUCAAAUUUAUUCAACAAAAGCUUGAAUAUAAUGACAAUAUUGAUUUCGAAGAGAUAAAGACAAUUGAACAGCCUGCUCCUCCCUUACCAAAUGAAAAUAACGAAUAUACUCCAACAGAAACUUCAAGAAGUGCAUCAGAAACGACAAAUGGUUUUUUUCGACAACCUAUUCCUAAUGAUGGCAACUGUCUUUUUGCAGCUAUUUUCAACAUAUUAUGUACAUGUGAAAAGAUCACCCCCGCGAGCUUACGUAAACAAGCUGCCGACUAUAAUCGUCAACCAGGCAAAAUUGACGAAGACUGUCUAUUAAGUGAAACUGGAAACACGGUUGAGCAAUACUGUGAAAAGAUUGAAAAGACCAAUGCAUGGAGUGGUGAAGCAGAAAUUCGAGCUAUAGCUGAAUCACAUGAGAUAAUGAUUCGUGUUGUAAAUGUUAAUCCUGAAAGAUUAUGUGUGUCUAUUUCUGAACCAUGA